AUGCGUCGUGCCGCCCUCCAGACGUGCCGCGCCGUGCGCCGCCCGGGCCUUCGCAGAGGUGUCCGCACCCCGGGCUUCGUCAGCUCGCGUGCUUACAACAACCACCGCCAGCGGUCCGGCCACCAAAUCCUCCAAUCCUCGAUGCAAUUCCGCGGCCUCGGCUACGCCCUCGUGUCGACCGCAGUCGCUACUGGCGCCUGGCUCGCCUAUCGCGGUGACGGCGAUCCCCUACACGGUGGCUCACCUGUCGCCUCGGUGUCCGUUCCCGGACAGCAGACCAGAGGUCUGAGUGCGUCAAGCGUCUACACCAACGCCGCAAGCACCCACGGCCCAACCUCCGACAAGGCUCCUGACGGAGGCAACAAGGUCCUGGUCAUCCACGAGGGUCAGGUCUUCACCGGCACCUUGCCGGCCGACGCGCCUUUGUCCAAAGAGACGGACGACUACGGCCGCAAGGUCGUCGAGAUGCUGACGCCGGAACAAGCAACGCAGAAGCUGAGGAGGAAUGAGGAGUCCUGGCUGGUUGGCCGGGGCAAAGGAGUGGUUCGCUACGACGUCGUGCAGAUCCCCAGCAACGAUCCCAUCGAGGAUGAUCAUGCCGAGAAGAUCAUUGAAGUGCCCCAAAGCGUUGCUUCGACCGACGAUGGCUCCUCCAACAGCGAUUGGAUGUUCUGGGGUGUUUUCGACGGCCACAGUGGCUGGAUCACCUCGGCGAAACUGCGCAACUCGCUCAUCUCUUUCGUUGCUCGUGAGCUUAACGCUACGUACAAGUCGGCCCUGGCGGAUCCCUCUGUGAAGCUUCCCACUGCGGAAUCGAUCGAUAAAGCGAUCAAGACUGGUUUCCUGCGCCUGGACCACGAGAUUGUCCACGAGUCCGUGCAGAAGGUCAUGAAGGCGCAAUCGAAGCGGGUAGCUGCCGAGUUGCUUGCUCCCGCCCUAGCGGGCUCGUGUGGUCUGCUUUCUUUCUACGACAGCAACUCGAAACUCCUGAGGGUAGCGUGUACCGGAGAUUCUCGUGCUGUCCUCGGGCGGAGAGGCUCGAACGGCAAGUGGACAGCCACUCCCUUGUCCGUGGACCAGACUGGCGGUACCGAGGAAGAAGCAGCCCGCCUACGGAGGGAGCACCCUGGUGAGCCCGAUGUGACCAGAAACGGUCGCAUCUUGGGUGGCCUUGAGCCCUCGAGGGCAUUCGGUGACGCGGUUUACAAGUGGAGCAUCGAGACUCAGAGGAAGAUCAAGGAAUUCUACUUCGGGCGGUCCUCCCCCGCGUUGCUCAAGACCCCGCCGUAUGUCACGGCUGAGCCCGUCGUCACUACGACCAAAGUCCAGCCUGAAAAGGGAGACUUUGUGGUGAUGGCUACGGACGGUCUGUGGGAGAUGCUGACCAACGAGGAAGUUGUCGGCCUUGUCGGCCAGUGGCUGGAAUCCCAGGCUGAGGGUAAGAACGGCCAAAGCAACACGAACGCGUGGCUCAAGAGCUGGUUCAGCCAGCAGAAGGGCCUACCGAUCGAGAAGGACGGUCUUCAACAGGACAUGAGUGGCCAGCGGGCCCCUAUCAGGCAGAGACAGUGGGGCGUGACGGGCUCUGAGACCGAGAGGUUUAUCGUUGAAGAUAAGAACGCCGCGACGCAUCUUGUGCGCAACGCUCUUGGUGGAAAGAACCAGGAUCAGCUUUGUGCGUUGCUGACGCUGCCAAGUCCCUUCUCCCGCCGCUACAGGGAUGACCUCACGGUCGAAGUCAUCUUCUUCGGCGAAGGCGAGAACACGGGAACCGUGACGCUGAACAAGGAGGCUAGCGCAUCAGGAGAUGUGAAGGCCAAGCUCUAA